AUGUAUUUUUACCGUUAUUGUUUCCACAUAAUUCUUCUCAGUUCAAUCAUAUCAAUAAUUGAAACAUUUUCAAUUCAAAAUACUCAUAAUGAUGAUAAUCAGGUAUCUCGACGAGAAGUCGUAACGAAAUCAACAAAAAGGAAAAAUCAACAACGUAAAGAACAAUAUCAUGCAGCUGAUCAACAUCAAUUACCAUUAUCUUCAAAAACAUAUAUAUUAACAAUGGUUCCAGUAGCCAAAGGUGAUCAUGUAUUCAACAGUGUAGGUGAACAAGAAUGGGAGGUACAAAAAACCACCGAUACUGAAUUUGCAAUCUAUGGUGAAAAUCUUGAUGGUGCACAAUUAUCAUUUACAACUCAUCCUAAAUCAUGUCAAUGGGAACGUAAAGAUACAGUAUAUAAAUUAAAAGUUGAUGCACAUGAUCCACAUGAACGUAUGAGUGACCGUGCUUUUAUAACUCUUAAUUUACCAUAUUAUAAUUCAACUUUAUAUAUGUGUUUAACACCAACAAAUUCUAAUGAAGUAUUUCAUCAAGGAGAUCGACCUGCAUUAAAAAUUCGAGUUGCGCGCCGAGCAUUACCUGUUUGGGUUACAAUAGUUUGCCUAGUAUGUCUUUUAAUAUUAUCUGGUCUUUUCUCUGGAUUAAAUCUUGGUUUAAUGUCAUUAACACCACAUGAUUUAGUGGUUAUACAAGAAGCUGGUACACCAAAUGAUAAAAAAUAUGCAAGUAAAAUCCAUCCUGUGCGGAAACAUGGUAAUUUUCUAUUAUGUACUAUUUUAUUGGGAAAUGUUUUGGUAAAUUCAACAGCAACUAUUUUACUUGAUUCAUUAAUUAGUGGUGUAAUUGCUGUAGCUGGUGCAACAUUAGCAAUUGUUAUUUUUGGUGAAAUCAUUCCUCAAGCUAUAUGUUCUCGACAUGGUCUUAGAGUUGGUGCAAAAACAAUUCUUUUAACAAAAUUUUUCAUGUUAAUGACUUUACCAAUAGCAUUUCCAUUGAGUAAAUUACUCGAUAUAAUUCUAGGUGAAGAAGUUGGUGCACGUUAUACACGUGAUCAAAUGAGUGCACUAUUAAAACAUACGCAAACAACUGAUAUUGAAGAUCGUGAAAAAAUUAUAAUGACUGGUGUACUUAGUUUGAAAGCGAAAAAAAUUCGUGAUGUUAUGACAAAUUUAAUUGAUGUUUUUAUGCUUGAAGCAAAUCGUAUUGUUGAUGAUGAACUUGUUUUAAAUGUUCAUGGCUAUGGAUAUUCAAGAAUACCUGUUUAUGAAGGACGACGAGAUAAUAUAAUUGGUCUUGUUAAUAUACGAGAUUUUGCAUUACUUGAUACUGAAUCAGGAAAAUUUACUGUUCGAAAUAUAAUGAAUUUUUAUAAACAUCGUUAUGGUACAGCUAUAACAACUGAUGAUUCAAGUUAUGAUGUAUUUAAUUUAUUUAAAAAAGAACAAUAUCAUUUGGGUGUUGUUGUUGAAUAUGAUAAUACAAGUGAAAAAGAUCCAAAAGCAAAAGCAGUUGGUAUUAUUACAUUAGAAGAUAUCAUUGAAGAAAUGAUACAAGAAGAAAUUAUCGAUGAAACUGAUGUAUUUACUGAUAAUCGUCGUAAAGUACGAAAUAUGCUUUCUCAAGCACCCGAUUUUUCAGCAUUUAUUCGUACAACAACGAAUGCAGUUGCAAGUAAAAUCUCAGCACAAAUGAAAGUCGCUGUUUUUCAAUUUCUCUCCACAAGUGUCGAACCUUUUAAUAAUAAAUUUAUAUCAGCCCAUAUUUUAAGUCGAUUAUUAAAUGUUGAUUUAUAUAAAGAAUUUGAAUUUGACGAAGAUGAUGUUAAAGCUGGUAAAACUACAUAUAUAUAUGAAUAUGGUAAACCCGUGGAUUAUUUUGUUCUUAUUGUUAAUGGUAAAGCUGAAUUAGAAACUGGCAAAGAAAAAAUUGUUAGUGAAGUUGGAUCAUUUUCUUAUUUUGGUGUUAGUGCACUUUAUUCAUCUGAAGAAAAAGUCGAAGAACUUGUUCGAUUAAAAUCAAAUAAAUUUCGUCCAUAUGUACCGGAUUUUAGUUUACGUAUUAGUGAAGAUGUGCAAAUCUUACGUAUACGUCGUGUGCAUUGGUUAGCUGCUGUACGUGCAACAUUUUUCGAAACUAAACAAACAGCAAAUGGUGGCACACCUAUGCUUAAUUCAGAUGGUGAUGAAAUUGAUUUAUUAACACAAGAAUUAGAAAAAGCUGAUCAUAUUGAUCCAGUUAUGGCUACAGGAAGUAUGGGUGGUGGUGGUGGUGGACAAGACGUUAGUUUUAGUGGAGGUAGUAUACCACGUGAAAGAACAUCAUCAUUAGCACCAACAAUAGGAUCAGAUGGUGGACUUAUUGGACCUGAACAUGAACGAUUAUUAACUCAACAUCAAGCUAUGGUUACUUUGAAUAAUUCAACUAAAACAUCAAUUGAUAGUCCAAGUACUUCAGGUCGUAAUACACCGACAUUUAUAGACAAACAAAAAAAAACAGUAUUUCGUUCGGAUGCUCCAGCAACACCGCCACCAUCAUUAACAGGAAGUUCAACGAAAAAUCGUUCAUUGACUUAG